AUAAAACAGAAUAAAUAAAAAUACAAAAAAAUUAGCCAUGGGUGGCAGUGAGACUCCAUCUCAAAAAAAAAAAAAAAAAAAAGAACCAAUGGGGACUACAAAUUUCCCAAGCAACCACCCACCCUGACCAACAGCCUUGCCUCCCCUCCUGGCCACUGGGAUCCGCCCCUUCCCGGAACUCUGAGCUGAGUGAUGUCAUAGAUGGAUUACCUUUCUAGGGCCAAGGAACCGGGAAUUUCAGGGACAUGGGGGAGGGAGAGGGAUGUUUCUCUACCACCCCAACCCCCCAUGUCUGUGGUGAAGUCGAUCGAGUUGGUGCUCCCCCAGGAUGCAAUCUACCUGGCCGGCUCCAGCAUAAAAGGGCAGGUGAUUUUAACCCUGAACAGCACGCUGGUAGACCCCACGGUGAAGGUGGAGCUCGUGGGAAGGGGUUACGUUGAGUGGAGUGAAGAAGCUGGAACAUCCCAAGAUUACAGCAGGGAUGUUAUUUGCAACAACAAGGCAGACUACGUGCAUAAGACAAAGACAUUCCCAGUGGAGGAUAAUUGGUUAAGUGCAGGCAGCCACACCUUUGAUUUCCAUUUCAACUUACCUCCCAGGCUUCCUUCUACCUUCACCAGCAAAUUUGGCCACGUCUUCUACUUCGUACAAGCUUCCUGCAUGGGCCGGGAACACAUUUUAGCCAAGAAGAAGAUGUACUUAAUGGUUCAAGGGUCUUCUGGCUUCCACAAAGAAACCCCAUUCCAGAACCCCCUGGUUGUGGAGGCUGAGAAGAAAGUCUCCUACGACUGCUGCCGCCGGGGCACCGUCCGCUUGCAAAUCCGGAUGGAAAAGAACACAUUCACGCCGGGAGAGAAGGUCGUCUUCAUGACAGAGAUCAACAACCAGACCAGCAAAUGCAUCAAGACAGUCAUCUUCGCCCUGUACGUCCACGUGCAGCACGAGGGCUUCACGCCCAGCGCGGAGCGGCGGUCUCGGCUGGACAGCAGCGAGCUUCUGCGGCAGGAGGCCGGCACCCCCAUGACCCGCUUCAACACCACCAAGAUCGUCAGCACCUUCAAGCUGCCGCUGUUGCUGCCCGUGAGCAGCGGCACGCAGGACGGUGACAUCAUGCAUGCUCACUACGAGCUGGCCGUCACCGUGCACCUGCCCUGGUCCCUGGCCAGCCUCAAGGCCAAGGUUCCCAUCAUCAUCACCAGCGCCUCGGUGGACUCUGACAGCGACCAGCCGCCAGAGGACGAAGUGUCACCCGUGAGCCCAGAUCACCAGAAUUAAGCACCCAAACUUUUAAAUAUUAAAAAAAAGCUUUAUCAGUCUCUACCGGGAGGAAGCCCUCUGUCUUGCACAGGUGACUCUCAGAUGAGUCGUGGCAUGGGCAGCACGUGGUCAGCCACCUCCCCAAACUCUAGCAAUUUAGACAUCCAUGUCUUCUAUCCCAGAACUACCACUGAAUGCCUAGAAUGGACAAAAGAACCUGGGAAGGCCUCCCUGGACUCAACCCCGACAUAGCUCUCCUUUCCCACCCUAAGUCUGCCCCAGCCUACUGGGGUCUCAUAGUGCCAAGAUCAGGGGUCCCACAUGGAGGGAUUCUCUCCUCUGCUAAUGUCUGGUUGUAUUGGCUGUCGCGACCUCAGGGGGUCGGGGGAGAAGCCAGUCCUGCUGGCGUGGAGUGGGUGGAUGCCAGGGACGCUGCUCAGCACCCUGCAGUGCCCAGGAUGGCCCUCACUAUCAGGAAUUGUUUAGCCCACAUGUCAACAGUACCAAGGGGGCUGGGCAUGGUGGUUCAUUCCUGUAAUCCCAGCACUUUAGGAGGCCAUGGCUGGAGGAUCACUUGAGACCAGGAAUUUGAGACCGGCCUGGGCAACAUUGUGAGACCCCAUAUCUACA